AUGACGACCGUUAAACGGUUAAAUCUGAGCAAGACACGUGACGACGAGAGUUCAUUGACCUCAUCCUCUGACGAUGAACAGGAGAAGCAGCAGAUGAAGCAGACGCUUGCAGAGGAAGAUGCACUUAGCUCUGAUGAAGAUUCCGAUCAAGACUUUGAGAUCCCACCGGGCUUUGAAAGCGUUAAAGGAAGUGGAGCUUUGACGCGUGAAGCGGUACUGAACAAUGAUCAGGAGCUCUGGUUCUUUAAGUUGCCCAAGAACCUGGAUGCAUCGGCGCUGUCAAACGUGACUAUUAAAGUAAACGAGACCAAGAAUGUGGUGACGCCGGGAGAAUUAGUGGCAAAAGUCACGGCCAGAGAAGAUGAUAAGAAAUACCUGUUGCAGAGUGAGGACCGUAUGCUCACGGACCAGCUCGUGAAUGCUCUCCCGCUUGCUUCAAACCGUGCUCGCUUUGUGCUAGGCAAACCGUUCUCGCGUUGUUUUUCACUAGUGGAAGACCAUGUUGAUGCCUCUCCUGUAGUAUCAAAAAAGAAGGCGACCAAGGUAGUCACUGCGUCACCUGUCAAAGAGAAGCGCAAGAAAAAGCACUCGUUCGACAACAAUGAGAAACACAAGUCGAAAAAGGCAAAGCACAAGAUAUAA